CAUCGGAACGGAUUCGGUACAAGCGAUCACGAUCCGUCCUCGGCAGCAGCUCACUCGCUCUCGCGCUCACUUUCCGUUGCUCGUUUUCGAUCAUGGCCUACGAAGGUGUUCUCUUGGGGAUGGGGAAUCCCCUCCUCGACAUAUCCGCCGUUGUCGAUGAGGAAUUCCUCAACAAAUAUGAUCUCAAUCCAAACAAUGCAAUUCUUGCGGAGGAAAAGCAUUUGUCAUUGUAUGAUGAAUUAGCUGCAAAAUACAAUGUCGAAUACAUUGCUGGAGGGGCCACACAGAAUACAAUAAGGGUUGCGCAGUGGAUGCUUCAAAUUCCCGGUGCAACUAGCUAUAUGGGUUGCAUUGGAAAGGAUAAAUUUGGAGAGGAAACGAAGAAGAAUGCCGCCGUUGCAGGCGUUAAUGCUCAUUAUUAUGAGGAUGAAACAGCCCUGACUGGUACAUGUGCUGUAUGUGUUGUUGGUGGUGAAAGGUCCCUAGUUGCUAACUUAUCUGCAGCAAACUGCUAUAAAAUUGAUCAUCUGAAGAGACCAGAAAACUGGCAAUUAGUUGAAAAGGCAAAGUACAUUUACAUAGCUGGCUUUUUCCUAACGGUGUCUCCUGAUUCCAUCCAACUUGUAGCUGAGCAUGCUGCUGCAAAGAAUAAGGUCUUUAUGAUGAACCUCUCUGCUCCUUUUAUCUGUGAAUUCUUCCGAGAUGCCCAGGACAAAGCUCUACAUUAUGUGGAUUUUGUCUUUGGUACUGAAACUGAAGCGAGGACCUUUGCAAGAGUCCAUGGAUGGGAGACAGGAAAUGUUGAGGAGAUUGCAGUAAAGAUCUCAGCUCUGCCCAAGGCAUCAAAGACACAUAACAGAAUUACUGUCAUCACACAGGGUUGUGAUCCAGUUGUUGUUGCUGCUGAUGGAAAGGUGAGAUUGUUCCCUGUUAUCUUGUUACCAAAAGAGAAGCUUGUCGAUACCAAUGGCACAGGUGAUGCAUUUGUUGGAGGAUUUCUGUCUCAACUGGUCCAAGAGAAGAGCAUAGAUGACUGUGUAAAAGCUGGGUGUUACGUGGCAAAUGUCAUAAUCCAAAGGUCUGGCUGCACCUACCCAGAGAAGCCAGAUUUCCGGUAAAAAGAAAACCACGAUUUCAUGGUGAGGAUUUGCCAAGAUCAGGCCAUCUUAUCCUUCAUAUUAAUUAGCCAUUUGCUGCUACGUUGUCUCUUCAAUGUUUUGGGGCUUUUCCACUUGAGAAAGUAUUACUUUCAACAUCGCAUGGUGUAGGUGGAUUUCUCCAAAUGUUCACUCGUGAAUUGUUGCUGUGAGAACUAAUUUGCCACAAAGGAUGCUGCUCAUGUUACUGACGUUCGAAAACAUCCAUCGGGACCUCAACAUGUUAUUGGAGAUCUAAUUUGCCCGUGCACCUUAUUGGCAUUGCAUAAGAGACUUCCUCAUCUAUCAUCUUGGUUGCAUGUUGCUUGAGUAAUCUAUUAUGCUAAACAUUCCAAUUGAAACCUAAACUGUCGUAUAUAAGGGUUAGUAUAGCUUACCUUUUGAUGA